UGGGAAUCAUGUGGGAAUCCUAAUAAGGCGGCGGUGGCAUACAAAGGUUCCAGGUCACAAUUAUUGUUGUUUAUGUUUUUAAUAUUAAGCAUUUAAUUUGUAACAUACAGUCGCUCCACGUUCUAACUCCGAAGAGAGAUCUAAUUUACUUGAACUUACACAUUUAUUUAAAAUGUAAAGCAACUUGUGCGUGACGACGCAGAUAAGAUGGCGGCCUCCUCACUCUCAGCGGAGUUGAAAUUCCGAGACGGACGCGCUGACAAAGUUGAGAAAAUAAACGUCCCAGUGGAGAACACGCUGACGUCUCUAAUGGCAGGACUUCGCAAAGUCGCUCAGAGCGUCUCGCCCCUUCUCAACGAGCUCGUGGAGAAGGAAAAAUUCGCCGGAGGAGACGUCACACUUGACGACGAAGACGACGAAGAGGAAAGCGACGGCGAGGCCGAAAAACCGCCCGGGUGGGAUCGUCUUCAGCCGCCUGCUAAAAGAUCCAAAACGUGAAAGUCCAGCCGAGGACCACUCGUCUUCCUCUUUUGUGCGUUCAUUUGUCCAUGUGUGGAAAAGGUAGCUCGUUUCGUUUCGUUUUGUUUUUUUUAAAUCUCAUUGAGCCACGUGUCAAUUUCUUAUUGGGAUGACGUUGAUAUUGUAACAUUCGACACGGAAGACCGUCAAAUGAAAUCACAGCGUUAUGUAACCAUGGUGACCUUUCGAAGUACAAGUGUCUCUCAAUAUCAAUUGGAAUAUGGUGGAAAAUGUCAUUUAUAUCAGUACUAGUAUAGAUUCAGUAUAAGCACAAGGUCAAUUCCUGCCAAAUUUCUAUAUUAAAAAUCAUUUUGAUGGCGUCUUGUUAUGCAAUUUAAUUUUAAUUUCUUGAAGGUUAU